CUUUUGUAAUAUUUGUCUACCUUGCGUUUUAAAUCUGCAUUUAGUUUAAAUUUGUUUUAUUCAUUUGUUUUUAAUUAUUUUUUUUUGUAAUUAACUUUUAUUAAAUAACUGUUUCUACCAUGAGUGAACCGGAUGAUGUUUUCGAUGAAAUCAUUGGAGCUGACUCUUUAUCUUCUCCUCCUUCCCAUUACUCUGAUGCUCAAGAUGACGUUCCCGAAGAGGUCGUCAAUGUAUCAAAUAGACGUCGGGUUGAUCAAGAUGAUGUCCCUAUGGAUCGAGAAGAAGAAGAUGAAGAAGGAGAAGAUUUGUAUGGGGACAAUAUGUCCCAAGAUUACAGACCUAUUCCUGAAUUGGACAUCUACGAUGCUGAAGAUCUUGAUGAUCGUUCUGUAUCAGAGCUUUCGAUUUCAGCCAGGAUUCAAGCUGAGGCCGGUAUGAGAGCUAGAGAUAGAGCUGAAGCUCGUGGUACAGGUCGCAUGAGAAGAGGUUUAGAAAUUUUCGAUGCUAGCUCUGAAUCGGAUACCUUUCGUAUAUCCGAUGUUAAAAAACGUCGAAUGAUGGCUGCAAAGGGCCUGAGUGAAAAAGAUGAUGAAUUCAUGGAUGAUGAGCCAAUGGAAUCUAUUGAAAAUAUCGGUGAUACUCGUGGUUUAACUGUCCGUGAACACGUUUCUCUUCAAAUUACCCGGCGAGAAAUUCAUCAUAGAUUCAAGAAUUUUUUGAGAACCCACAGCGAUGAAAAAGGCAGAAUUGUAUUCAAAGAAAUAAUUCGUCAAAUGUGUGAAGAAAACAAGCAAAGUUUCGAUGUUGCGUACCCUGUUCUGGCUUCAGAAGAAUCAAAUCUUGCUUUUCUUGUCGUCGAAGCUCCAUUUGAAGUACUUGAAAUUCUCAAUGCUGCAGCCAAAGAAGUUGUUUUAUCAAUCUUUCCUGCUUACGAAAGAAUAGUUUCCGAGAUCGCAGUUCGAAUUUCUGACUUACCUCUUUCAGAAGAUAUUCGUUCUUUACGUCAAUGUCAUUUGAAUCAACUUAUUCGUACUUAUGGUGUUGUUACAUCCUCAACAUCAGUUUUACCCCAACUUCGUGUUGUUAAAUAUGAUUGUAAUAAAUGUGGUUAUAUUCUUGGACCAUUUGUCCAAAAUCAAGAUCAAGAACUAAAGCCAGGUUCUUGUCCAGAAUGUCAGAGUCUUGGACCUUUUACGGUUAAUAUGCAAGAAACAGUCUAUCAGAACUACCAACGAAUUACUAUUCAAGAGCCUCCUGGACGGAUUUCUGCUGGUAGAAUUCCUCGUGCGGAGGACGUCAUUCUGUUAGGUGAUCUUUGUGAUACUUGUAGGCCUGGAGAUGAAAUUGAUAUCACUGGAAUUUACACCCAUUCAUACGAUGGCUCGCUCAACAUAGCAAAUGGAUUUCCUGUUUUUUCAACAGUUAUUGUUGCCAAUCAUAUUUUAAAACGUGAUGAUUGGUCAUUUUCUGGAAAUCUGACGGAUGAAGAUACUAAAGCUAUCAUUAAACUGUCUGAAGAUCUUCGACUUUCUGACAGAAUCAUCGCUUCAAUUUCUCCAUCAAUCUAUGGCCAUAAAGAUGUUAAGAGAGCCUUAGCUUUAGCUUUGUUUGGAGGCGAGUCUAAAAAUCCCGGCCAAAAACAUAGAGUUCGUGGUGACAUUAAUGUUUUAGUUUGUGGUGAUCCCGGUACUGCUAAAUCUCAGUUCCUUAAAUAUUUGACCAAAAUCGCUCCAAGAUCCGUCUUUACCACAGGACAGGGUGCCUCUGCUGUUGGUUUAACUGCAUUUGUCCAAAAAAGCCCUAUUACUCAAGAAUGGUGUCUUGAGGCUGGUGCUUUGGUACUCGCUGAUAAGGGAGUUUGCCUUAUUGACGAGUUUGACAAGAUGAGUGAAAAAGACAGAACAAGUAUUCACGAAGCUAUGGAACAGCAAAGUAUUUCUGUUUCAAAAGCUGGUAUUGUUGCUUCACUUACAGCUCGUUGUUCUGUUAUAGCAGCGGCUAAUCCAAUCGGUGGGCGAUAUGAUUCAUCAUCUCCAUUUUCGCAAAAUGUCGAUUUAACUGAACCUAUUAUUUCACGAUUCGACAUCAUCUGUGUAGUUAGAGAUAUACCAGAUCCAGACGGAGACGAACGAUUAGCGAAAUUCGUCGUUCGUUCCCAUGUCAAACAUCAUCCAGAUAUGGCAGGUGAUGAAUUAUCUAAGCUUAAUCAAACCAUGGUAGAGGUUUAUGAAGAUCCUGAAAUUGAGCCAAUUCCACAAGAUCUAUUGAAAAAAUACAUCAUGUACGCCCGUGAAAGGAUUCAUCCCAAAUUGCAUCAGAUCGAUCGUGAAAGGAUUUCUCGACUUUAUACCGAGUUACGUCGAGAAUCUUUAGCCACAGGUUCCAUUCCUAUCACUGUUCGUCAUAUUGAAGGAAUUAUCCGGUGUUCAGAAGCUCACGCUAAAAUGCAUCUUAGAGAUGUCGUGACUAAUGACGAUGUUGACAUGGCCAUACGUGUCAUACUUGAAUCUUUUGUUGAUACACAAAAAUUCACGGUUAUGAGAUCAAUGAGACAUACCUUUUCACGUUACUUAACCUACAAAAGGACUCCAGAAGAGCUGCUUCUUAUGCUGCUCAAACAAUUGGUUCACGAGCAAUUGGUUAUUCUUCGUGGUAAAUCUCAGGGCGAUAUUCAUCUUGAUGAAAUUACCAUUCCAGAGAGGGAUCUUAUUGUUAAAGCUAAGGAACUUCGAAUAUUCAAUGUUCAACAAUUUUAUCAAAAAUCCAUCUUCAAAUCUCAUAACUUCAGUUAUGAUGCUAAGAGAAAAGUUAUCGUUCAAAAGGUUUAAGUACCAAAAGAAGCUCAAUCCUACUUACGUGAUGCCUUGCCAUGUCUAUUCCAAAUUCUCAUUCUUGUUUAAACAAGAUUCCAAUAGGUUCUAAUUAAAUAGAACCAACCCAUUUUAAUCUUUAUAUCUUGAAAAUUUUUUAUUUUCACAUCAAUUGCAAAGCGGUGCCUAUCAAUCUUCAAUACAUUUUGUUAUUCUCAAUUAUUCCAAGCAUAAUUUGUAAUUUAAGUCAACUUUUUACACUUACUAUGUAUAUCAAAUAAAUUGUUGACUUGUUUUUAAUCAAAA